ACACUGCAUCGCAUUUCGAACGCAAACAUAAGCACAUUCAUUCGCUGCAGUUAUAUGUAAAUUCCCUGUGUAUAGUGAAAUAAAUAAAAUAAAAACUAAAAAUUAAAUGUGAAAUUAGGUCAGGAGUAUCCCGUAGUGUUUCGUUAAAGUAUUCCUGCAUCCAUGGCUUACUUUGGCGUCUAUAUACCGCCGUCUAAGGCAGGCUUUGAGGGCACCUUGGCCCAAUGUGCGGGCUCCAUAGCGGCAGACAAUAUAAAGAUUUCGCCAGAAUAUCCGGCCAGCGCGGCGGAGGAAGCAUCCAAAUAUGAGGAUCCCGAAUAUCCACCCGACUCACCGCUCUGGUUGAUAUUCAAGGAAAAGGCCAAGGCGCUGGACGUGCUGCGCCAUUAUAAGGAGGCGCGUCUGCGCGAGUUUCCCAAUCGCGAACAGGCCGAAAGUUAUGUACAAUUUGGUUUUGAGAGCAUCCAGUCGUUAAAACGCUACGGCAAGGCCAAACCCGCCAGCAAGCCGGUGCAAUUACCUACGACGCCGAGCGGUGGCUUUAGGGCAACCUCUGGCACCACUGACAGUCUCUUUUCCUCGUCGCCCACCAACAACGUCAGUGGCUCGCCCUGUUCAACACUCACUGUGUCCAUGUCAAAUAUGUUAUUAACCAUGCCGAGCAGCAACAGCAACAGCAACAGUAACAACAACUGCAGCAGCAGCAUCAGUGUCGUCACUGUUGGCAGCAUGUCAGCCAGCUGCAGCAGCGGCAGCAGCGGCAGCACAAAUUCAUUGAAUGCAGAGCGUCCGCCGUUUCGGGCGCCCACCAAACAGGAGCUUGUCGAAUUUCGCAAACAAAUUGAAGCUGGCAAUUAUGAGCGGGUCAAGCGUGUUGUUUGGGACAAUCCGCGUUUUCUGAUCAGCAGCGGCGACACGCCCACCAGUUUGAAGGAAGGCUAUCGCUACAAUGCCAUGCACAUUUGCGCCCAGGUCAAUCAGGCACGCGUCGCCGAAUUAAUAUUGAAGAUAAUCUCGGAUCGUGAAUUUACCCAGCUGUAUGCGGGCAAGAAGAGCAGCGGCGAAAUGUGCGCCGCCCUAAAUGUGAAUCUGCUCGAUUAUUAUCUAAACAUGCCCGAUAAGGGUCGUGGCGAGACGCCACUCCAUUUUGCAGCCAAGAACGGUCACGUAGCCGUUGUUGAAGUCCUCAUUUCCUAUCCGCAAUGCAAGUCGCUAAAGAACACGGAGGGCAUGUAUCCCAAGGAUAUAAUAUGCCAGCGAGCGCCCAACGCCAGCCCGGAGCUGUUUAAGAAGUUAGAGCUGUUGCUAUCAGAGCCACACUAUGUGCCCGUUCUACGCGCUGUGGGCAACGAGCUGCCGCCGCAAAUUGGACAACCCUUUACGCCCAACGAUCCGCCGAUUUUGCAGCACAAGACAGAUGAAUCAGAUCGGCUAAAUGUGGACCUUAAGAUCAGCGCUUUGGCUGGCCCGAUGCCACGUGAGCAGGCACUGAGUUUCUUUCGUCGCUGGAAGACGCCGCCGCGUGUUGGCAGCAAUGUGAUGUCACCGUUGGCCAGCUCGCCCUACAUCUCGCCCAUGAAGACACACAACAAGUCAGUUUUCAACAAGAGCACAGGUCAUGUGUCGAGCGGGCGGCGCACGCUAUUCAGCCCGCGGGCAGCAACGCCAAAUAAAUCGCUCAGCGAACUCAACGGUAAUCACAAGUCACAGCAAGAGGUGGUGCUCCACAAUUCCGAAUUGGAUAACAUAGAGCACAACAAUAAUUUCCCAUCGUGUUUGCCCAAGCGCAUGCUGGAUAUGCCCACAACGCCCAUGCGUCAAAUGAAGCCGGAUUUGUUUUUGAAAUAUCGCAGCAACAGCUCAUCGCCGCUUCUAGACGAAACAUCGUUCGACUUGUCGUCGGAGUUCAGCAUAAACAUGUCCGUAUCGACCCUAAAUGAUAGUUUCCGUGAGCGCCACAUCAAGAACUCGGACAUUGAAAAAGGCCUUGAGGUGGUGGGUCGUCAGCUGGCCCGGCAGGAGCAGUUGGAGUGGCGCGAAUAUUGGGAUUUUCUCGAUGCUUUUGUGGACAUGGCCUCUAUCAGUGGACUCACGCGGCUGGAGAGUUAUCUGUCUGCCAAGUUCGAGAAGGCGCAGGCCUCGAUGCUGGCAGAAAAAUCAGAUCAAGCAUGGAACUUUUCUCAAAUGAAUCAGUAUAUCGAUUUGGUCGCCGACCGAGGCAAAUCCAACAGUUUGUCAGCCUCUGGUGGAGGCAUCACCCAGGUAAUGACGCCCUACACAUGUGUAGAGAAGUCACUGCAGGUGUUUGCGAAACGCAUUACCAAGACGCUCAUGAAUAACAUUGGCAACAUGGUAUCCAUUAACGAUACGCUGCUCUCCGAGCUCAAAAGACUGAAAUCUCUCAUUGUGAGCUUUAAGGAUGAUGCACGCUUCAUUAGUGUGGACUUUAGUAGAGUGCACUCACGCAUCGCCCAUCUUGUGGCCAGCUACAUUGCACACUCACAGGAGGUUAGCGCCGUACUGCGCAAUCAGCUGAUGCAAAUGAUGCGCAAGAUGUUGCAACUGAAUGGCGAACGGCGAGAACAUUUAUAUUGUGUAUGCGCCAGCAUGCUGCAUAUGCUGGAGCAGGCACCAACUGUUAGCCUGCCGGACGCACUCAAGACCGAGGAACUGUGCUCAGCCGCCUGGGAAUUGGAGCAGUGCUGCAAUUGUCUUUGGGAUGGAAAUCUCAGUCGCAAGACGAGUAGGCGCAAGCGUACCGAAUCGAUGCGGGCACAGGCCCAAGACUUGGCCAAUGCCGCCGCUACCUUACGCAGCUCUGGCGCUUCCAAUGUUGCGGUCGUCACGCCCAUUCUCAAAGCUAACGCCUGGCGUAGCAACGAAAAUCAGAGCGACGAUGACGAUGAGGACAGCGACGAUGAAUCCUUCUUUUUCGACUGCGGCGGUGGUAGCGACAGCAGCGAAGAUGAGGAGAUAUUCAUGACCCCACCAGAGAGCCGUUCACCAAGGUUGUCGUGUGAUUUGGAUCCUCGUUACGAACUAUUUAUUUUCGGCAAGGAGCCGACAAAGCGGGAUUUGGAUGUACUGAACGCUAUUUUUCAUGUAGACACUGAGAAGGAAUCAUUGCCAUUUGUACAUGCCUGGCGGACAGCCAUGGAGAACUUUUCUACUGCCGAGAUGGAUCUCUUCCCCUCACCGAAGAACGUACAGAAGACGCAUAAGCCAGCGUACUUCGUUGGCAGCACACCCAAAACGCCAAGCAGCGCCAGCGGCGCUGGCCAAAAUAAAUCUUCCAGCAGUAUUCUUGCCGAUAGCGUUCCACUGGUGCAUCCAAAAAGGCUAUUUGCCACGCCCAAGCUGAACGCAGCAGCAUUGCGUCGUCACUCAGGAACACCGACGACGCCACCGAAGUCGACACGUGUGCAACGGGUUGCGGGUCAAAAUGGAGUUGUACAAGAUAAUCCGUGGCCAUUGACGACCUCAUCCCCAAAACAAACAGCGUCCCCCCUUCCGUCGUUCACAUCUCUUGCUGUGGCCACCGUGCAUCAGAAACUUACUGUGGCCGCUGUAUCGCAGUCAUUCCAAACGCCGCUCAACAAAAUGCGCGGCCUUUUCAGCAAAUACCGCGAGACGCGCCAGGAGGCCAGUCCGAUGCCAGUCUCGCCGGACUUCAUCAGUAGUCGGCUCAGCCGGUCGCUCUCCGUGGACGAGAGCGACUGAUAAUUGGAACAAGGUUUAAAAGCAGCACCCGAGCAGAUGCAUGUUGAACUGCCUAUUAUGAUUAUGUUAUUAUUAAACUUGUAUGUUGCCUGUUUAAAAAAAACAAUUAUGAAGUGUUAA